CUCGUUUUUGGGUCCAAACAAGAAGUGAAGCUUCCGGAUCAAAUCGUCCAUAGCCACCAUAGAUGACUCUGUGUUAAACGAAAGCACCCGACUAGUCAAUCCUACCAAACCGCUAACUUUUCUUCCUUUGGCGAACUACCGGUCAACAUGACAAAAUUAUCAUGUAAGCCAUAAAACAAACUCAUACAUAACUUUGAACUUCCAUUUCCCAUAUCCGCACUAAAAAUGGAAAAUUCAAGUCAAGAAUCGCAUCUCCGAUCUGAAAAUUUCGUUACAUAUGACUCCUCCUACCCCAUCUACGCCAUGGCUGUUUCCUCCUUCACUUCUUCCCUCCCCAGUCGCCGCCGUCAAAUUGCCGUUGGCAGUUUUAUCGAAGAGUUCAACAACCGUGUUGAUAUUCUCUCUUUCGAUGAAGAUACCCUAACUCUUAAGCCUGUUCCAAAUCUCUGUUUCGAUCACCCUUAUCCACCUACGAAGCUCAUGUUCCAUCCUAAUCCUUCUGCUUCUCUCAAGACUAAUGAUAUUCUUGCCUCUUCCGGUGACUACCUCCGUCUCUGGGUAGUUAGUGAUACUUCUAUUGAACCCCUGUUCACUCUUAGUAACAAUAAAACUAGUGAAUACUGUGCCCCUUUGACGUCUUUUGAUUGGAAUGAGGUGGAGCCCAGAAGAAUUGGUACUUCUAGUAUAGACACUACUUGUACCAUCUGGGAUGUUGAAAAAGGGGUUGUGGAAACCCAAUUGAUAGCCCACGACAAAGAGGUUUACGAUAUAGCCUGGGGUGAAGCUGGGGUGUUUGCUUCGGUUUCUGCUGAUGGGUCAGUUAGGAUUUUUGAUUUGAGGGAUAAGGAACAUUCGACGAUUAUUUAUGAGAGUCCAAAACCAGACACUCCGUUGUUGAGGUUGGCUUGGAACAAGCAAGAUUUGAGAUACAUGGCUACCAUAUUGAUGGAUAGCAACAAGAUUGUGAUUUUAGAUAUUAGGUCUCCAGCAAUGCCUGUGGCUGAAUUGGAAAGGCAUCAGGCGAGUGUCAAUGCUAUUGCUUGGGCUCCUCAGAGUUGUAGACAUAUUUGUUCUGCUGGGGAUGACGGGCAGGCGCUCAUUUGGGAGUUGCCAACUGUUGCAGGGCCUAAUGGGAUUGAUCCUAUGUCAAUGUACUCUGCUGGAGCUGAGAUUAAUCAAAUUCAGUGGUCUGCUGCACAACGAGAUUGGAUUGCCAUUGCGUUUUCUAACAAGUUGCAGCUACUUAAAGUAUAAGGCGAUUGGAUGAUUGAAUAUUUCCUGAAAUCCUUGAACUACAGGAGGAAAUGUAACUUGAGGAGUUCUCUUGCAAUGCUUCUGCGUGGGAGCUCUACAUUUGGAUAUUAGUUUCUGCAGUAGUAUCUCUUACAAUCUUAUGUUACUGGCAGGAACAAAAAUUUCAACUUUGUGUGACGCAGUAUACUGAUUCAUUUUCAUUUGGGCCCUGUUGGAUCAUCUUGUUGUUUGUGAGAUUCGAUUGUUGUUACUGAGCCUUGUUUUAGUUGUAUUUGUUCUACAUGGAGCUUCUGUGGCUCAAGGGUUGUUUAUUGCUUAACAGUAAUCUUUUCUCUUUGUAGAAUUCAGUUUUUCAUCUGUUAAAAGAAACGGAUUAUAAUUCGUGGGAAAGAUAUAAGUUAGAUAAAUGAAUUAUUUUUAGUUUAGAAGGCCUGACCUGGAAAUCGGUGGCUUCAUUAAGAGUUUUGUCUUGGCAAUUCAGUUUAAUGCUUAAAAAGAGUAACAGUUCAAUGUACUUUCUUUCCGUGGUGUUCUCUCUCCUGGUUUCAUUAUCAAAUCUCAAAGAGGAUUUCUGAUGUGUAGCUCACAGAGAUGUGUUGGAUACCAUUGUUAGAGUUCCAUUGUGGCUAGGUUGAUUGAAGUCUUAAUGUGUUGCAUUGCCCAUUUGGGAAAUAUCUACUUCAAACUGUUUGUUUCUCUGAUUUUCUUCUUUACACCAAUGCAAAGUCUUCUUUAUCAUUUGUGGUAACCCAAAAGCAGAUGAAAUACAGUUCAGUGGUUACCAUGUUAAAGGUACAGAAAAGGUACUGUCAUGUUGGUUGAAGAUUAUACAUGCAGACUGACUGAAUUCCCAUUUCUUGACAUGCAAUGGAGGUAGCGAGUAAUCUUGUAAAGUUUCUUUCGAUGAAAAAGAAGUUAUUCCCAAAUAGUGUCUGUCUUUGUUUUAUGAUUUAGAGCAUAAUUACUUCUGUAAUUCCUUUGACAGUGUAUUUUAGUCUUUCUUUAAUACAUUACAAAGCAAGAACAGAGCCAUAAAUCUGCUGUUACAGAUGUCUGAAGUGAUUUUCUCUUGGAU